AUGGGAAUCGCUGGCUUCUUGGCCAAGGUCUUGGAAACAGCUGGGCGCCCAGUUGACGUAAGGGACUAUGCCCAAGGAAAAGUUCGAAGUCACAAACGCAGCAGGCGACGUAAAUUUCGAAUCGGUGUUGACCUGACCUCUUCAAUAUAUAAAGCCGCAUUUGGGUUUGGUGACAUGCUUGGCGACGAACGGCACCUUACAAAUUUCGGUAGAGCAGAACUUCUGGAAGAGCAGCAGCAAAACAUGGUUGCAAAGAACGACAAGAAAGUCGAUGAAUACAUUGCUCGAUGUGCUGAAUUUGUCAUGAAGCGACUGGAAAUGCUGCGAAAAGAUAGUGAUUGUGAUAUUCUGGUUGUUUUCGACGGCGAAACUCCUCCUAUAAAAGCAAAAGAAGCAGCUCGGCGUCGAGACAUUCGGCGAGAGCAUACUCGUCAACGAGAUGCACCCCUCGAUCCUGACCAGAGUGAUUUUCGAGCUGCAGAGGAAGUCCGAGUAAAAGCCAAUCGUCGAGCUGGAGCUGGAAAACACUUUGGUUCGAUUGUUUGUGGUCUUAUCGAAAGUCUGAAGGAAGCAAAUAUUGCUUAUUUGUUUGCACCUUAUGAAGCUGACGGUCAGUUAACAUAUCUGUCCAAAUUGGGCUUCAUAGACUUGAUCGUUUCGGAGGAUUCCGAUCUCAUUGCACACGGAGCAAAAGCUAUCAUUUACAACUAUAUCAGCGGUAAUGGAUUUCCAGAUGAAGGAAAAUUGCUGCAAUUCGAAGACUUGGGAGAAGUGCCAGGUAAAUUCGACCUUUCAGAUUUCUCCCCUGUCAUGAUGGCUAUUCUCUUUGUUUCCGUCGGUUGUGACUAUAUUGGAAAGCUCAAGGGAAUUGGGCUGGGAACAGCUUCAAAAAUAGUGCGAGAAGCAUUUUUGGGGGGAUCAGUUUCUCCCUUGGCAACAAUAGUUGCUCAGCUUUGCGAGAGGUCUUGGGAGCGAGACUUGAGCGAGGACAAAAUGCGGGACUACGAACGUCGUUUCGUAGCAGCUGUUUUCACGUAUCAGCAUCCCAUCGUUUUCGAUCCUGUGCAAGGAAAGGCUCUGAUCCAAGGAGAAAGUGAGAUGGUAACCCAGACCGAAUUGACAAAGCAUGAAGGAUACGCGAGAUUAUGCAGGGAUCAAGACCAAAGAAGCCAAGUAAUUGGGAUCGUCAAAGAGCCGGAAGCCGCGCGGAUUGCGGCAGUCACACCGUAUGUGCGAAAGGCAGCAGGACCUACAAAACGCAACGGCGAAGAGAAAACAGCGAAUUCUCCUCCUGGAGAGGGCCCCACAAACCUCAAAGUCCACAAUUACAAAAGGCACGAUCAAGCAGCUUCAAGUACUGGCAAGCCUAGUCGUUCUAUUGGUCAUUCGCAAAUGCUGUUGGAUUCUGAAAUUUUUUGCAGUCAUUCGCAAGAAAUUGGCCUGCUUACUGCACAAUCACAAUCACCGCCACCAACUAGUGGAUCGGAAAGAGUAGAAGCUGGCGACUCUCAAACUUUUGUGGAGUCGUCCCGAUAUGAAACACAGUUGAACUCUGAACAAAGUCAACAAGAACCCGAGUUUGAUUCGACCUCGAAGAAAGACUCUAAUUCUCUUGAUGAAAUCGGAUCUGUUGAGCAACGAAACCAAACUUUACAGCUUGGAAGCCCAAACCUUCUCUAUUCAUCCUCACCAGAAAAAUCCCAGACGCAAAGAAGCGAACAGUCUUCCGUUGUCGCAACGCUUAGUCCCAAUCUACUGAAUUGA